CAUUUAGCUGAUGGGAACCAAUCAGCGAAAGGCUUUAAUAUCCGACCAGAGGAUGUCGCUCUGAUAACGAAAGGACUCGGAGUACUGGCUCAGGUAGUUCAGGAACGAACUUCAGCAAAGGGUGCGGAAGGAGAACAAAGUGGAGAUUUUCUGGGUGGUCUUAUGAACAUGGUCAAAGAGUUCGGUAAUGCCAAUAAGCAAGAAUCUCAAGGUACAUCGCAGCUGAGUCAAGAGGAUAUCGCCAGAAUCACGGCUGGUCUCGGAACACUCGCAACAACACUCAAGGAAAAAGCUUUUGGUGGUGGCGCUGUUGACGAGGAAGCAGUGACGAAAUUGGAUGCACAAGGAGGAAAAGUCCAAGUAUCAUCUGUGGUUGAGAAACCAUCGGCUGCAAGCACGGAGCAACCCCCAGCAGCAGGUGGUGACUUCUUAAGCGGACUAAUGAACGUUGCUAAAGACGUUGGAAAAGCACUCGGAGAGCAGAAUCAGACCCGUCCAGCUGCUAACACUUCAGGCAAUACGGCACAACAAGGUGGAUCACAGCUAAGUCCUGAGGAUAUAGCCAGGAUUACGGCUGGUCUCGGAUCGCUCGUGGAUACAAUCAAAACGAAGGCUUUCAAGAAGGAUGAGGAGCAAGAAGAAAAGGCCACCAAGGUUGAUUCCCAGGACACCAAGGUUGAUUCGCAGAUUUCACAUGGCCCCAAGCCUAUGUCCUUACUCGAUAGAGCCGAUGCACAAGCUGAACAAACGCUAAAAGAGGAUACUCCAGGUCAUCAUUUUUGCUAUAUAUCAAGUGAAGACUUCCUCAGCGGGCUGUUGAGCGUUGCUAAAGACGUGGGCAAAGCAGUGGAAAAGAAUCAGUCCGGAUCAGCUGCUAAUGCUUCAGACUUCCUCAGCGGGCUGUUGAGCGUUGCCAAAGACGUGGGCAAAGCAGUGGAAAAGAAUCAGUCCGGAUCAGCUGCCAAUGCUUCAGGAUCGGCUGGAAGUGGCAGUCAAGGCGGUGCGCAGUUGAGUCAAGAGGAUAUUGCAAAACUGACUGCGGGACUCGGAUCGCUUGUUGGUGCUAUUCAAGGAAAAGCGACGGAUUACUUCCAGAAAAAGCCAGCUGAAGAAGAAAACAAGCCAAAGGAUGAGCCAGUAAUCGAUGACGUUGAGGAACAAAUUGGUAAAGUGGUUCUUCCUGGUUAUACCGGAUAUAAAGACAGUUCGACCGUAUCGAAGCCGAAGACAACCUGA